AUGGUUUCCUUUGAUGUCACGUCCCUUUUUACUUCUGUCCCGCAGGACCUGGCAGUCGAGACAAUCGAACUACUCCUGCGAGAGAAAUACGACGAAAAAGCGAAUCGCCUCGGACACACCCAAAUCAUCCAGCUCCCGAAGUUCUGUCUCGAGACGUACUUCACUUUCGACGGAACAAUCUACAAGCAGGUGACGGGCACGCCAAUGGGUUCGCCGAUUUCGGGAUUCAUAGCCGAGGCGGUCCUACAACGGCUGGAGUCGCUGGUUUUCCGACACCACGGACCGAAAUUCUGGGCUCGGAAUGUGGAUGAUACCUUCAUCGUCAUCGAACGGGAUCAGGUGUUGACAUUCAAGUUACAUCUCAACUUCAUCUUCCUGGACCUUCAACUUACGAUGGAGGAGGAGGAGGAGGAGGAGGAGGAGGAGGAGAAAAACAGCCAGCUGGCCUUCCUGGAUGUCCUCGUCUGCCUCAAAGAUUGUGGUGGCCUAAAAACCAAAGUGUUCAUGAAAGCGACAAAUUCGACGCAAAUACUGGACUUCAAUAGCAACCACCCGAUCAGUCACAAACGCAGUUUCGUAAGGGCGCUAUACCGGCGCGUUGAGACGCACUGCAGUGAAAUGGAAGAUAAUGUUGCUGAAUUACAAUAUCUUCGACGAGUACUGAGAGCCAAUGGCUACCCGCGCAACUUUGCAACCAGUGCAUACGAACACAAUACCAGAGACCAAAUCCAACCGGCCCUAAAUUUUGGUGGGCUCUUCCGUACGUAA